UGGAAUAGGAAGAACGUGCAACCAGCGGGCCAGAUUCCUUUGGGUAGUGAUAAGUGGUCCCAAAAUUCUUAAGGAUUACCUGAGGAUUUUUGAGUACAAAAGUGGCGAUACUGAACCACGCAUCGUCUCAGUCCCAUUCUGCCAUUUGGUGGUGGCAGUUACGAAGAAAAACUUGCACACCUUCGCAAGGAAAAAUCGCAGUAACUUUUGAAGUGUAAUGUAGUCGUGCAGCCGAGUGUGUGCGGAUCUAUAACCUAAAAUAUAAUAGCCAACUGUGUGCGCGGUGUGGUGUGAUCACACUUGAAUCGAAAUUAACAUCAGUGCCAGUGAUACGGAAUAGAUAUUUUUAUCCCUCACCCCAAAUAGACGACAACAUGGAGCGCGGGAAAGCGAAAACCGAAAGCAAAGAAAAUGGCCAAGGUCCGGCGAAAAAAAUGCGGUUGAAACGGCGGCUGGAACUAUUGCUGGCAAGACGACCCACAGCAUCGGGAAAAUUGCUCGUCUGUGGCCAAGGCGAGGUUGGCCAGCUUGGGCUCGGGGAGGAUGUGAUGGAAAAAACGCGACCGGCUGUCGUGGCAAGCGUGGCGGAUGUCGUCGACAUUAGGGCCGGUGGAAUGCACAGUCUCUGCCUAACCGCGGCGGGUAAGGUUUACUCGUUCGGUUGCAAUGACGAAGGAGCUCUCGGCAGGGACACGUCCGAAGAAGGUUCCGAGUUUGAACCGAAAGCAAUCGACCUACCUGGCCCCUGUGUAAAAAUUUCCGGAGGUGACUCACAUUCAGCCUGCCUACUGGAGGAUGGUCGCGUUUUCGCGUGGGGCUCAUUUCGGGAUUCCCACGGUAAUAUGGGCCUCACGCUGGAAGGAAACAAGCGGCUCCCGAUCGAAGUUCUGCCCGAUCAACAGUGGGUUGACAUAGCGUCUGGCAGUGACCAUCUGGUUCUACUAUCCGAUGGUGGCAACAUCUACACUGUCGGAUGUGCGGAGCAGGGACAACUGGGUCGCAUUUCGUCUCGCGCGGCGUCGGGAGAAUCGCGGCGCGGCAAAACGCAGCUACUGAAGCCGGGCAUUGUAACGCGGCGCGGCAAAGCGGUCGUUGCCGAUGCCAUCUGGGCCACCACGUACUGUACCUUCUUCAGAGAACCGCAGACCGCGCGGAUAUAUGCAUUUGGGUUAAACAAUUACUGCCAGCUCGGUAUCAAACGUAGUGAAACCAAACCGGUCUACGUGCCGGAAAUGACGAGCUUCAUGAACGUGGAACACAUUGCCGGAGGUCAACACCAUACGAUUGCACUGAAAGACGAUGGCAAAGUGUACGUGAUUGGUCGCAAGGAGUAUGGUCGACUGGGCUUGGGCGCGGUAGAGCAGGAUGCAACAAGCCUCACACCGAUCGAACGACUUGGUGGAGCGGAUCGAAAGGUGGUCAGUGUCAGUUGCGGUGAAACCACCUCGUUUGCCAUCACGGACAAAGGCGAAGUGUACGCAUGGGGCAUGGGAUCGAGUAACCAGCUCGGUACCGGCAAAGAAGAGGACGAAGACAGUCCCGUGCUACUCACCAGCCAACAGGUACAGGGAAAGGUGAUGCUAAAGGUGUCGGGAGGCGGUCAGCACAGUCUCUUCUUGGUUCAAGAAAAACCUGCCGUGCCUGAAAAAACAAAACCCUCUGCUAGCAAAGCGGUGGAACAUUCCGGACAGACAAAUGGCAGCAGCAGCAGCAGCAACACUACUACGAAGAAGAAUGGCGAAACGACAGCCAGCGCUCCCACUGGUGGUCCCAAACCUACUCUCGCUGGAAGGAAGCGAAAAUUGUAGGGUUACGAACCACACGGAGACUGUUCGUCAGCAGCAGCAUCAGCAGCAAACCUACAAAUAUUACACAUAAAUUUACGCCCACACACAGUUUAAUGUUGAUAGAUAGAUUAUGAAUGCGCCAUGCCGUUAUUUAUCGCGUUGCUUGUUUUCCGUUGGGGUUUACGAACUUGAUUCUCGUGUGUGCGGCCCGGAAAGUAAGCUACGAUACUUACAACGAUCUGUAGUAGUUAAUGUUCUAUUAGUCCCUUCAUUCUUUCAGCUAUGUGGACCGUAUUAUUGUUUUGUUUUUGUUUUUUCUCUUUAAUUUCAACUUCCGGGCCUUGUCGUUGCUUUCAGUCAACACAUUCUUUUGUCGGUAUUUCGCCAUACGCGAAUUAAAGAAUAAUUUAAAAAAAUGCUUUUGUUAGAAAGCGUUAAGCAUACCAUUGGGAGUAUCAUCUGUUUACCCUUUCGAGAGUAACAUUUUAGUUUGAAAUUGAAAUACAAGGACUGAUUCUGAUUGACUAUGAAUAAGGAAAUGAAUAAAGCUAA